AUGAGUAUGUCUCGCGAUGGUGUCGCGCAGGAUGCGUCAUUCCCCGUGGCCACGGUCGAUCACCCUGUCGCACACUUCCAGAAAGCUCCAGUAGCCUCACCGAUCCCGACCAAACCUGCAUCAGUAUGGAACACCAAGGAUUUGGGUCUCCGUUUGGGCGUGGAUGUCGCCAGCGCCGCGAGCGCCGGCGCGCUGACAUGUCCGCUUAUCACGAUCAUUGACCGCGCGAUCAUCGAAAAAGCUUCCAAAGGCUUCCCCAUCCGCCAAACCAUCACCUCCUGCCUCAAAUCCAUGAUAACCCGACCCGGCGCCUUCUUCACCAGCACGCCCUUCCUCCUCAUAUACACCCUCUACAGCUCAACCUACCUAACGGCAAACACAAUUGACACCUUAACCUCAACCCUCCGCAACCAAUCCUACGAUACCGUAACCCCCGGCCCAGCAAAAUUCAUCUCCACAACAAUCGUUAACAUGGCAAUCUGUGUUUACAAAGAUGCGCGCUUCGCCAAAAUCUUCGGCGCCCAGUCCUCCUCCUCACCCCAACAAUCAACAUGCCAUCCUAAACCCUCAGCGACCGGUCCCCAAAUUCCCAAAGUCUCCUACACCCUCUUCUGCCUCCGCGACAGCAUAACAAUCUUCGCGUCUUUCAAUGUGCCUCCUCUCGUCGCACCUUUAAUUCCCGAUUUCGUGGCUUCAACUGCCUCUAUGAAAUCGGCCAUGGCGCAGUUUGCUUGUCCGGCGCUUAUGCAGUUUGCUAGUACGCCUAUGCAUCUGCUGGGACUGGAUUUGUAUAAUCGGCAGCCGGUGGGCGGGUUACCGUGGACGGAGAGGGCGGCGAGGAUUAGGAGGGAUUACGUGCCGAGUUGUUUUGCGCGCAUGGGGAAGAUUGUCCCGGCUUAUGGUGUUGGGGGCGUGGUUAAUGUUCGGAUGAGAGCUAUGCUUAUGGAGAGGCUGCAGGGGGAGUGA